AGACAGCAGCAGUUGUGGACGGUCCCUUCACCUAUUUCUUUAUUUUGUUAGGAAGCCGGAGCUCGCCGUCCCAUGCCACGACGCUUGGGUAGACCACUGCGGGUUCUGGUCCAGGUCUGGGUGUGAAACUCCUCUCCUCUCCGUCUCCGCGUCCCGUUAAGAUGUCGGCGCCCAAACAAGACGGAACACUCAGUCAGCUCAAUAAGUUUGAGAAACUGUCUUGGAGGCCCUCCGUCCGCGACUCAGGCUUUAAGAAGCGAGCGCGAUGGCUUCAGGCUCACCGCCUCUUCACCGGCCCAGGUUGCCCCAACCUGCGGAUCCCAAACAGGUUUCUCAGAGAAGGUCACUGUGUACCGCCGGCUCGCAGCGGACACCGCUGUGUUGCAGACAGCGCCAACCUGUACGUGUUUGGAGGCUACAACCCGGACUUUGAGGAAGCGGGCGGGUCGAAGAACGAGGACUACCCCCUAUUCAGGGAGCUGUGGCGGUAUCACUUUGCCACAGCCACGUGGCAGCAGGUCCGCACUGAGGGCUACAUGCCCACAGAACUGGCUUCUAUGUCGGCCGUCUUACAUGGAAACAACCUGCUUGUGUUCGGUGGAACUGGAAUCCCAUUCGGGGAAAACAACGGCAACGACGUCCAUGUUUGCAACGUUCAGUACAAACGGUGGAACCUGCUCAACUGCAGGGGGAAGAAACCCAACAAGAUCUACGGCCAGGCGAUGGUCAUCAUAAAUGGCUACCUCUACGUGUUUGGAGGGACGACGGGAUACCUUUACAGCACCGACCUGCACAGGCUGGACCUCGCCACCAGAGAGUGGACCCACCUCAAACCCAACAACGCUCCCUCAGAUCUACCCGAGGAGAGGUACAGACACGAGCUAGCUCACGACGGACAGAGAAUAUAUAUUUUUGGAGGUGGGACUUCCUGGACAUCAUAUUCACUGGACAAGAUUCACGCGUACAACUUGGAGACAAAUUACUGGGAUGAAAUUGUCACCAAACCCCAUGAAAAAAUAGGAUAUCCUGCUGCCCGCCGAUGUCACAGUUGCGUUCAGGUCAAAGACGAGGUGUUUAUAUGUGGGGGUUAUAACGGAGAGCAGAUCCUGUCUGACCUGUGGAAGAUCAACCUGCAGACGUUCCAGUGGACAAAGCUCCCCGCCGUCAUGCCAGAACCGGCCUACUUUCACUGUGCUGCAGUCACCCCGGCCGGCUGCAUGUACGUCCACGGCGGCGUCGUCAACAUGUCCGGGAACCGACGGACGGGCUCUCUGUAUAAAGUGUGGCUGGUGGUGCCCAGCCUGCUGGAACUGACCUGGGAGAAACUGCUGAAAUCCUUCCCUCACUUAGCUCAGCUGUCCACUCUUCAGCUCCUCAGCCUGGGACUGACACACUCAUUAAUCCAGCGGCUCAAAUAGACGCAGCGCGAAGACUGAUGCGGCGAGCGGCGCCGACCCCCCCCGAGUCGACCUCGAAAGGAAAAGCCUGAAGAUGUCAGACAGAUACGAAAAUACUUGGAAAUGCCUUUUUACUUUAUUUAAACGUGUGCUUUAUUUUAAGUGCAAUGUUUUGAGUUUCCGUGUACGUUAGAUCUGCAUGCGUCUCUCGGUGUAGGCGGCAGACCCGGCCGUUUCUCCGCGCUUUGCUCGUCGUUUAAAUUUGCCAUCGGAGAAACGUCGCGGAGCAUGAUGGUGAAACACUCCCAACGCCCCAAACUGAAUGUUGCUUGUGGUGGUGUGACAUCAGCUUCCAGUUAGAGAAAUAGGCUCGUUUCACUGUCGCUGUCUUUGACUCGUGUUCAGUCAGCUGCUGGUUGAACAGUCAACCAGAUCCUCUUAAAGAAAAAAAAAUAAAAAUAACGCCACGCUGCCGAUAAAGAAGAACACUCGCUGUAACCGUGAUACAUCUUAAAAGUCACAAUUAGAUUCUUUAGGGCGUAGUCGUGUCUGAUCGCUGGCAGAUUUGUUGAUCUCCUUAAAGUUUUGGGACGCAGAAACACUGUGAAUCUGCUUGUGCCUCUUAUUAUUUUUCGUCUUUUUUGGAAAGAUGACUCUUAAACACAUCUAGCUCCUGAGCGACACUUGUAUCCUUUUCCUUCUUCGUUUGGUGCCUUCCGAAUGUCUUAAACGUCACAUACCUUAUUUUUAUAUUUCUGUUUUUUGGUUGGCUCAUUACCCUCCAUAUAGUUACCUGGUCCUCUCCAUGUGAGCCUUUGUGUUGCUGAUCAUUUCUGCUCAUUAUUAAUCAGGAGAUUUUACUUAAAACACAUGGAGGCAUUUCACUUAUUUAUUAUAAUUACCGUGCUGCUCUUUUAUUUUAUUGCAAAUCCUUCAAUUGUGCCUCCCCCCCCCACCCAGAUCUCACUUUAUGACUCCAUUUUAUCCCUUUUAUAUUGUAACAUAGGUUCUAUUUUUAUGUUGUAACUUUAGUUUUUUUUCUAUGAACUUUAUAAAGAUGCGGUGGAGAGAGAGGGGGUGUGUGUGUGUGUGUGUGUGAGGUGGACUCAGGAUGUGAAAUACUGUGAUCAGUCUGAGGCGGACGGACGUCGAAAUGUCGGCGGAACUCGGACACUUUGGUGAAAUCAGACUUUGGUACGCCGGCAGUUUCGAAUACCGCAGUGAGCUGCUCGUAACGAGACGCGCUUUGACGUUUCUGCGCGCCUGUGAACGUGAGCCUCCCGGCGUUUUAUUUCACAUCUUCACUGUGACCGUGUUGGUACGAUACUAAGCUGAAAGGUGUCUUUUUUUUCUUUUUUUUUGAACACCACAUCUUAUCUACUUCUCACACAUCCCGGCCUUAUUUAUAUUUUAUUUCGAAGCUGUGCUCAAACUUGGUAAGCGGACCGCCUCGUGCAAGAUGUCUAUAUCUGCAUCAUUUUCAAAGUUAAAAGUGACCUCGUGCAUGUCGGUAUGGUGUGCAUGCCACUUUACAUGAACUCUUGGGAGAAAAGCUGAAUGUCCUCUGCAAAGAUGAAUAUGGCUGCAGUGUACAUCGUUUUGUAAUGUCUGUCUGUACGACCAAUAAAAACACAGGCAGCUGCUUUUUUUUU